AUGGCUCUCAAUCGCAUCCAAGGCCAUAACCUCUAUAUCGGCGGAGUCCUCGCGCUCAGGAACAAGGUUGCUCUGCGCGAAGCCAACAUCACUCAUAUAGUCUCGGUGCUGCGCAUGCGUCCCGAGGAAACCCUGACGGAAUCGUUUGAGAAUCUCAAAAUCCCAGUCGACGACAGCGAGGAUGAAGACCUACUGCAAUACUUUUCUUCUGCCAACGCCUUUAUCCAGUCUGGGCUGGAUGGAGGCGGUAGCGUCUUGAUCCAUUGUGCUAUGGGCAAGUCUCGCUCGGUAACCGUGUGCAUGGCCUAUCUGCUUCAUCAACAACCACAAGCAUGGAAUCCCGAUUCCCUUUUAGAAGUCAUUCAACAGAGCCGCUCUGUUGCCGAGCCAAACCCAGACUUUAUGAAUCAAUUAUGGCUCUAUCACGAAAUGGGCUGCCCGGAUGAUGUCCAAAGUCAUCCCGCGUACAUGCGAUGGUUAUCAAACCGCCACAUCGAACUAAGCACUGCGUGUGGAAGGGCUCCGGAAAUAGAUGAAGUGCGCUUUGAGGACGAACUGCCCUCGCGCGAGAAGAGCAUAUCAGGCGAGCGGUCAAUUGAGAUUCGAUGCCGCAAGUGCAGACGCAUUCUUGCUACCACUCCCUUUAUCAACCCUCAUGACAAGCAAGAAGACUCCCGUGCCUCGUCCAAGUCAUCAUCAGGAAGCUCGGACUGUGCCCAUAUCUUCUUGCAUCCACUAACAUGGAUGCGUCCGUCCCUCUUCCCAGACUCUGCCGACAAGACGACGAUUGCAACCGCAUCUACCGACGACGCCCCGCUGUCGGGUCGACUGACAUGUCCCAAUGCCAAAUGCGAGGCCAAUAUUGGCAAGUUUGCGUGGCAGGGCUUCCAAUGUAGCUGUGGGAAAUGGGUAGUCCCGGCCAUUGGCGUAGCUCGAGCCCGAGUCGACGUGACCGACCAGCCAGCAGCGGCGAUCAAAACCGUUGCGGAUGCUUCGAGUAAUAAUACUACUAGUAAGCUGGGCGCGAUGGGCAUCAGGCUUCCGCCUCAUAUGCGCGCUGCUGCUAUUCCUGAUCCUCACAGGAACAAUCUUUGA